AUGUCACCCAAAGACGGCAAGAAGAAGAAAGAUGCCGGAAACUCAGCCAAAAAAGACAAAGACCCAGUAAAUAAAUCUGGUGGCAAGGGCAAAAAGAAGUGGUCCAAAGGCAAAGUUCAGGACAAGCUGAACAACCUUGUCCUGUUUGACAAAUUCUGUAAGGAAGCUUCCAUCUAUAAGCUUAUUAUUCCAGCUGUGGUCUCUGAGAGACUGAAGAUUCGAGGUUCCUUGGCCAGGUCAGCCCUUCAGGAGCUGCUUAGUAAAGGACUUAUCAAGCUGGUUUCAAAGCACAGAGCCCAAGUUAUUUACACCAGAAACACAAAAGGUGGAGACGCCCCAGCUGCUGGUGAAGAUGCAUGAACAGGUAGAUCAGAAGAG